UCCUGAUUAUUGAACAGCUCAUUUUAUUAUUCAAAGUCAUUUAAAAAGUUUCUGUCUAAGGAAACCAAUCAGAUUGCAUCGACUCAAUUCAAUUCAAAAACACUUUAUUGAUCCUAAAGGGAAAUUAAAUGUUGUUACAACUCAGAGUUAUUGUAGAUGGUAAUGACAAGUCAUUCAUCGACUUGCAGCCUUCACUCCUCCUGGAUGAGCACACAAUGACGGAGACAAAAAACCUAAAGAACUGCUUAAAGUUUAGACCUGAAUUCAGAUAAGUAUGUUGAGUUGAAAAAUAAUGUUCAAAGAUGCUCCCCAUCCAACAAAAAAUUAAGCGCAUAGAUGUGCAAAACUGCUAUAGACAAAAUCCAAAAGGAUAGAAGAUCAGAUUGUAGCAAAAUAUGUUUUAAAGUAUUUACUCUGAGUUAAAUAUCUCAAACAAAGUAUCUCUAUAGACUCACAGCUUUGCAAAAUACAGAAUCUCAUUUGGGAAAAGAAAAUGUUAGUUUAUGCCCAGAAUAAAACAACUAUGUUCUUUCAUAAUAGCCACUUGGUGCACAGAGUUACUGCUAAGGCUUCAUCGAUACCUUAGACUGGUUUUGCCUAAGUAAUAGAUUUUUUUUUUCAUAUGGGAAUUACUAUUAAAUUAAUGCUUCAGUCCUUAAUUAUAUGUCUAAUAACUGUGGGAAUGAUUUUAAAUUUAGGCUAUAAAUGCAGUAAAAUGUCAUUUUGAGAGCUAAGCAGCUUUUUUUGCUAUAUACAAAAAUCACUUUGUCAUCUUUACCAUAGAGCUUGAUCUGCAUCUGAUUUUGGGUGUUGAAUGAAAGAUAGAGAUGAUCACAUCUGAUCAGGGCUAAUUUAAAAAAAAACCCUUUUAAGCAGUUAACCCACAUAUAGAAAAGGUUUUGUCUCCUUUCCUCACCAUCUGUAGACCCGUUCUUCCAGAGGGCGGGCCUCGCGCUGUGUCACUCAUGUCAGUCCGGCGUCCUGAUUGGUCUCUCUCCUCCGAGGGGCCAGUGGGCGGUGCGAUGGUGCCACAUGGAGCCAGCCUGAUGCAUCUGUGUCCGUUAGUCUGUUCCAUCCUCCGGAGGAGUCAACCCGGAGAGUGUGGAACACUUUGGCGCAUCAUCCGCAUCUAUAUGCUGGAACUUUCUAUUUUAAACUGAGCAGAGAGAAAUUAUACUCCAGGUUAUAUUUUUCGUCACUGUUCUUUCUAUUCAUGCGUCUUUCAUGUCCCCAAGAAACGUUGGGAAAUGGGACCAGUCUGAUCCAUGCGUAAAAGUCCUUGUUGGGUGAUUUAUCCAGAGAGGACUGUCGGAUUCCGUCCUGCGCUCUAGAUGGAGGUUUCUUAUCCUUCAUGACAGAGGAUCGAGGUCUUUUUUGAGCUUUUAAAGGAAAUAAUUUAACAAACGUAGCUGAAAAAUACUUGUAUUUCAUCUAGAAAGAUAAUUCCUAUUUCGCGCUGUUUUAAGGUGGAUCUAUGUGAGAGAGGUGCCCGUUUUCGUGGCUCCCGUGGACACUUUGCUGUCUUUUGUAAGUAAAACUGUUUUAAUGGAAACAUGACCAAAGGUGCAAGAGAAGCGGUUCUCCUGAACACCUUCCACCUGCUCCUGCUCCUGCUGCUGGUUUACGCUCCGCCGGUGAGUCUCUCCGCGCAGCGCAGGCAUCCAGCGCACUACUUUGGCCACAUCGCUGAGAACUCCCCGGCUGGAUCGCCCGUUGAUGGGGUCUCAAUCUUGCUAGAAGCCGGAGUCUGCUCCGGUGCUAAUCUUGACGGCAGCUUGUACGGGAAUUAUCCCUCUGAUUUCAGGAUCGUUUACGACUCUGAGCGUCGGGACCGUUUGAUUCUGGUGUCCACCAAACCUUUGGACCGAGAGUUUAUAGCGAUGUACGAGUUGACGGUGGAACUCCCGCCCAUGUGCCAGACGAGACCGGCGGUCGUCCAGGUUGAAGUGUCCGACAGGAAUGACAACAUCCCCCAGUUCAUCAGCGGGAAUAAAACGGUGGAAGCGGACGAGCUGGCGCCGCUUGGAACCGUCUUGGCUCGCUUUGACGCAAAAGACGGCGACGCGGAGAGAAAUGGACGCACAACUUUUUACGCAUCACCACAGUCCAGUUUGCUUCACGUGGUGCCACAAACCGGCCAGGUGAGGCUCGUAGGGUCGCUGUUGGGGGUCAAGCAGCUCACCCUGCGGCUGUACGUGAAGGACGGCGGGGACGUGGCGCUGAUCGGUGACCCGGUGUUCCUUCGCGUCGACGUUCGCGGCUCCGGCAGAGCGCGGCGCAGACCCCGUGCGCUGUCCGAGGAUCUGAGCUACACAGUGACCGUUCCGGACCACAUCAGAGUGGGUGAUCUGGUGUUCACUGUGCCGGACCAGAGGUUCGACCAGCGGUGGUUCGAGGUGAUAUCCGAGGCCGACUCGCCCGUACAGAUCGAAAGGGACUCGGGGCGCUUGUACCUUGCGCGCAGUCUGCAGGAGCCAGCGGAGGUGAUGGUGAAGAUCCAGAAUCUGCGAGGUGAUGAGUGGUACUUGUGCAGGUUGACUCUGAGCAUGCCCAGUCAGGCUGACCUGCAGUGGGGGAUGUUUCCGUCGCCUUACCUGGGCGCCGUGGGUCCUGAUGCCACAUCUGGCUCUGUGGUCUACCGGCUGUCAGCGAGACAACGAGACGGCGCGCUGGGACAAGCUCAGUUCCUCCUACUUGACGGUGGUGAGGAGUGCUUUGAAGUGGACCGUCGCUCUGGGCUGAUUAGGACCACAGGACGACCUCUGACCCCCAGCAGGGAGUACCAUCUGCGGGUCCAGGCGGUGGACGGACGAGGCCGUAAAGGCCCACCAGCCACUGUUUCCAUCCUUGCUGGAUACCGACCGCCACAGUUUACCAACUCCACCUACAGCCUGAACGUGCUGGAAAACACGCCUGUUGGCCAACCGGUUGCUGUGGUUCAGGCUGUCUCCUUCCAGAAGAAGAGUCUGUCCUACAUGUUACUGAUUAACCCCGGAAACCUGUUCAGCAUCAACCAGGAAAGCGGCGCUCUGAGCCUCACCCGAUCGGUCGACUACGAGAGCGGUCACAACCUGCACACCCUGCAGGUCCGAGCCUCUGAAAGCGACACCGGCCUCAGCGGCGUUGCAGAGGUCAUUGUCCACAUAACGGAUGAGAACGAUUGCACACCAGAGUUUCUUCACUCCAUCUACACCAGAGAUAACAUACCUGAGAGCGUCGCACCUGGAACCUCACUACUGCAAGUUCUGGCUCGCGACUGUGAUUCCGGUGUGAACUCCGAGAUCUCCUACUUCAUCCCGAGUGGCGAUUUUGACAUCACAUCCGGGGGUGUGGUCAGCCCUGCCCGUCGCCUGGACUAUGAGCGGCCCAAUCACAUCUACGAGUUUGUAGUUGUCGCAGUGGAUGCAGGGACGCCUCCUCGAACUGGGACAGCCUCUGUUCGUGUCCGUGUGGCUAACACCAACGAUGAGGUGCCGGUCUUCUCCCAAAGCGUCUAUAAAACCUUCCUCAGUGAGGAUGCUGGUCCCGACACGCUGGUCGCCAUUGUUCACGCCAAUGACCCUGAUGGGGACGGCGUCUCUUACGCCAUCACAGGUGGCAAUGAGGACAGCAACUUCCAGCUAGACAACCAAAAAGGUGAGAUAAAAGCAACAGAGCUUUUGUCAAGUUGAACUUCUGCUGAAACAGAAGAUCCAGAUCAAGAUUUUUGUCUGAUGUUGUUCUACAUCAUUUAAAUUUGGAGUGCUAAUGAAGAUGCUAUG